AUGCUGUGUGUUAAGACGUGGUUUUUGGUGCUGGCACUGUACCUUGUUGCUGUCUGUACGUUGCUGUCGCCUGGUGCCAAAACGAGCGAGCUGUCGUUUCUGUCGGACAUCGACAAGAGAGGAGUCGAUGGGCCAGCGUAUCGUGUGGGUAAUCUGGGGGUCAGCGGAAGUGAGCUUCUGAGACUGUUUAGGAAACAUCUGGUGCAGGUAGUGGCUCGCACAGACGGCGACGAGCCGGUACGAGUGUCGCCGUACUAUGACAGUCUCAGAGAGUAUCUGUUCCAGGGCGACGAGGAUGCGGCGUGCUCGCCACACCGCUCCGCGGUGGCGAAAUUGACCAGCAACGUGAAUCCGAUCCCGGUGCAUUCUCACAACGACUACUGGCGGUCGUUGCCGCUGUUCGAGGCAAUCGCAAACGGAGCGUCAAGCGUGGAAGCUGACGUGUGGAUCGUGCCGGAUGUGGAGCGUGCGGGCGAAAAGGCUCUCGCGGUGGCUCACAGCAGGGCGUACGUCGACCCUGUGCAUCGGACUCUGGACUCGCUCUACACAACGCCGUUGCUCAGGAUGCUCGACCAGGUCAACUGCGGCGAGGCGGGGGACGCUAAUGGCGUGUUCUUCGACUCUCCCGAGACGACCCUCUUUCUCUUUAUCGACUUCAAGUCUCCCGACAGUGGAUUGAUCUACCAGUUGCUGAUGGAAAAAUACCUGAAGCCUCUCAUCGACAAGGGCUAUCUGACACACUUUGAUAUGCAGCAGGGAAAGCUCGUCUGGAGACAGAUCACCGUGGUGCUGACGGGAGAUUUCCCGAACGAUCUCGGCAUCAUCGACAGAGACGUUGGACUUGGCUAUUUGGGAGACGGCAAACGAUACGUAACGCUGGAGUCAAGUAUAGUGGACCAGUCGUCGACGAUACGAAACACAUCGGUGAUGGCUGCCUCAUCGUUCUCUCAGAUGCUGGAGCGCUGUGGAUCUUCCGAAAUUAAAGUCGUCUGGCGUGGCCGUCUGGCGCGCUCAGAGAUCCAAUGCCUAAGGUCGAUGAUCAAGAGCACUCAGGAGGCAGGUAUCAGGACGAGGAUCUGGGGGCUACCGAACUGGCCAUUACGAACCGUCAAGACACUUUGGUCACAGGUGAUCGAAGAUCUGCAUUCUGACGUUUUGAACGUGGACGAUCUGCAUUUAGCUAGCAGGCGAUUUUAA